GCGCCCGGGCCGGCACCGGCACCGGCACCGGCACCGCCCGCGGGACCCGGCGCUGCCUCCCGCCGCGGGGCUCCGCCGGCCCGGGCUGCAAUCUAACCCUUACCCUCUCUUCUCUCCCCUCCGCCGCCCCCCCACCCCACCCUGGGGCCAAUAAAAUGAUGCAAAGCUCCGCACUCGCUGCUGAAGGGGCUGUCAAGGGGCUUCCCGAGAUCCUCGGUGUGCCGGUGCAACAGAUCCCCCAGUGCGCUGGCUGCAACCAGCACAUCCUGGACAAGUUCAUCCUCAAGGUCCUGGACCGGCACUGGCACAGCUCCUGCCUCAAGUGUGCCGACUGCCAGAUGCAACUGGCCGACCGCUGCUUCUCCCGGGCUGGCAGCGUCUACUGCAAGGAGGAUUUCUUCAAGCGUUUUGGGACCAAAUGCACGGCAUGCCAGCAGGGCAUCCCCCCGACCCAGGUGGUCCGCAAAGCCCAGGACUUCGUCUACCACCUCCACUGCUUCGCCUGCAUCAUCUGCAGCCGGCAGCUGGCCACCGGCGACGAGUUCUACCUGAUGGAGGAUGGGAGGCUGGUCUGCAAGGAGGACUAUGAGACUGCCAAGCAGAAUGAUGACUCCGAGGCAGGUGCUAAGCGGCCCCGGACCACCAUCACAGCCAAGCAGCUGGAGACGCUGAAGAACGCCUACAAGAACUCCCCCAAGCCUGCCCGACAUGUGCGGGAGCAGCUCUCCUCCGAGACGGGGCUGGACAUGAGGGUGGUGCAGGUGUGGUUCCAGAACCGCCGGGCCAAGGAGAAGCGCCUGAAGAAGGACGCGGGGCGGCAUCGCUGGGGACAGUUCUAUAAGAGCGUCAAGCGGAGCCGCGGGGGGGGCAAGCUGGAGAAGGAGAGCUCGGCCGAGGACUGCGGUGUCAGCGACAGCGAGCUCAGCUUCCGUGAAGACCAAAUCCUCUCCGAGCUCGGCCACACCAACAGGGUUUAUGGCACUGUGGGGGACGUGGCGGGCGGACAGUUGCUGAAUGGAGGCUUCUCCAUGGAGGGGACGGGACAGUCGUACCAGGACUUGCGGGACGGCAGUCCCUACGGCCUGCCACAGUCGCCGUCCUCCAUCUCCUCCUUGCCAUCCCACCCGCCCUUGCUCAACGGGCUGGACUACGCCAUGGACGGCAACCUGGGGUUGGUGGCCCACGGGGCGCAGGGGGUGAGUCAGACGCUGCGGGCCAUGGCUGGGGGGGGGCCCACCUCCGACAUCUCCACAGGGAGCAGCGUCGGGUACCCAGACUUUCCCACCAGCCCAGCCUCCUGGCUGGACGACAUGGAUCACCCCCCUUUCUAAACGCUGCUCACCCCCCUGCCCCGGUCCCCCUCACUCCCCUCCCCAGCCCGCAAGCCCAGCACCGAGGGCAUCCGCCGGAGGUUGAACUUUCCAGGAUUUCCAGUGGGAAUCAGCCCUGGAGGGCUGGGAGGAAAAGGAGGGUGGCAUCGGCCACUGCGGGGGGGUGGCUGUGCUUGGGGUGGGGGGGCACAGAUGCCUUUGGGUGUAAGCACAAGAGUGGUAUUGGCACAUGGGACGCACGGCGAGGACCCCGGCGCAGGACUGGGACGCGGCGGGAGGUGUGACGGAGGAGGGGAAGGACAAUCAGGGACGGCAGAAUCCGCGCUGGUGCCCGCGCCAGCUCCGCACUCCUCCGGCCCAGCGCCGCGGCUCUUUGCAAGCGUUCAUUCUCCCUACGGAGCUGAAAUGCGACUCGGUCUAUGUUGGGGAAGGUUUUCUCUUAGCGAGGCUGGGGACCCGUCCAACCAGGGCUGUUGUCCCACUUCUGGGGACAACGCUGUUCUGGGCGGGAGUGGAGCUGUGAUUUACUCCCGGGCGUGCAGGAGUGCUUGCAAAGCACCACUGCAGGUUCUGCCUUGGUCGUGCUGCUGGGAGGAAUUACAAAAAGAAAAGAGGAAUGAGAUAUAUAUAGAUAAAAGAAGUUAAAAAGGGAAAAAAAGGAAUUUCAAAGAACAAAAAGAAACCUGCAGCCUGAGAUGCUGGAGGUGCUCAGGGCUGGCAGGUGGAGAGUAGCCACCCCAGGAGCUGUGGGGAAUGUUUGUGCUGAGGGUAUUGCAAAGGCUUUCCCCCCAAACGUGGGGACAAAGGGUCUUUUGUCAGGGGCAGAAGCACCCAUUCAGUGGCAAGCAGAGGGGAUGGGGGUGUAGAACACCCCCACACAUCUCCCCCAGGUAUCAGCCACCCAGAUUCUCUGGUGCUGUGGAGCUGACAGACCCCCAGGGGUAGCCAGGGAGGACCCAGGUGAGUUUGGCA